AAUUGGCGCGAAAGAUUACUAACCUAGCAGUUUUUAUUUGGUUAUCAAACGCUUGAAUUAAUCUCCAACAAAUAUAGAUUGCAAGCAUUUAAAUUAAUUUUCAAUAAUAAUACAGUGUAAGAAAUGGAAAUUUAGUGAACAAUAAGUUCAACAAUUGGAUUAAAUAGUAAAUGGGAUAUUUCAAGAAAAUGUCAACAUAUUAUACGUAUCUCAAAGUAAAACUUUUAAAUACGUUAUUUUCAAGGUAAUUCUAUUUAUACCUGAGAUAAUCCAAUUCACAAAUUAUAAACUGCCAUAUGUUUUAAUUGAUACAAUUAAUUACAAUUACAAUUAUUAAUUACAAUUAUUAAUUACAAUUAUUACGUUAAAUCUUGAAACAUGCGAAAAUACUACCAGGCUGCACUUGUAAUAAUUGCUGUAGUGAGUCUAAUAUCCUUAUUAUUUUAUAGACAUGAAUAUAACAAAUUAAGAUAUGUUUUAGAAGUUUUUAAUUACUUUGGUAAGCCAAAUCAGAGAAGUGAAAUAAACUGCACAAAUAAUGUGCCAAUGUUUACUAAAUUUGAUAUGAAAUUUGAAGAACCACUCUCUGCUUGGCAAAGAUUAGAUGAUGAUCUAUAUGUUUAUUCUGCAUAUAAUAUACGCGACAAAGAAAUUCAAGUAAUAGGUUUUGGUUCAUCAAAUAACAUUAAGGAUAUGCAAUGUCAAAUACUAUUUGAAAAUGAAAUUGAACCAGUUUUAGGAAGUUUUAGUUAUCUUUCAAUUAGUAAUAAUUUAAAUAGCACUGACAAAAAUGUUAAUUAUGGAGGAUAUCAUUUCUAUUGUGCAUACAAAACAAAUAAAAUACCAGUAGGAAUAAUGUUUCUUACAAAAUCUAAUUUAGAUGCUCACAAUAUACCUAUAUUACCAAUAAAAAGCCAACCUCAUAAUUUAAAUUAUAUUAAUGCUGGAGUAUGCAUAGCACCACCAUUAACAAAACCAAUACAGUUAUUACAAAUGAUUGGCUUUAUACAGUUUCAUGACAUAAUUGGCGUAGAUAAUUUUAUAGUGUACGAUUUUGGUAUUCCAAAUCAAUAUAAUAAUAACCUUAAAGAAUUAUUUAAAUCUCAAGAUCCAUAUUGGAAAUUUACAUACACAGUAGUGCCAUGGAAUUUUCCUUUUCCUGCUACUCACCCUAAUAUAAUAAAAGACUUGAUACAAGCAGAUUGUUUGUACCGUACAUAUAAUAAAGUUAGGUAUAUCACUACAUUAUCUUGGGAAGAGUAUAUAAUUUUAAGAUAUCAUCAUUCCCUUAUAGAUUUAAUGACAGAUUUUAAAAAGUCUAGAAUGAAAGCAGAUCGUUACAAAUUAAAGACAUUAACAUUUUGUACACAACAAAUUGAUGAUACAACCAAUAGGAAUGUAACAUUCAUAAUAUUUAAAAAACUACAUUAUGACUCAAGUAUCCCUGAUAAUCAACCAAUUUAUAUUUAUAAUACACUUGAAGCAUUAAACAAAAAUAAUAUGUAUACACGAGAUAUUGGAAAAGAUUUAGUUACAUUAAAUCGUUAUCAGUAUUGUCCUGGAAAAUCAAAUCUAGAAACAGGUACUAAAGAUACUUCAAUUUUAAGAUUCACUGAAGAUAUACAGAAUUCACAAAUAUUUCGAAAAUUUAUAACAGAGAAUAAAUUUCUAUAAAAUAAUCACAAGUAAUAAUUAGAUUUAAUGUAUCUAUAAGAUAAUUUUAGUCUGAAAGUUAUUAUUAGGAAAAAGUAAUUCAUUUUUAUAUGUAUUGUAAGAUAUAAAUAUAAGAAUACAAUAUUGUAUAACGUGUAUAUAACAUGUAUAUAAAACUUUGUUACAAAACAGAAUGAUUUAGAUUUUAGUAUAUAGAAUUCCAUAAUUUAUGUAUAAAUAUUUCAACUUCCCAAUAUUAUCUUUUAUAUUAAAUAUUCUCCACCUGUUAAUACAUUUCUUAUUUUGAAUACUUUAUUUAUCAAAAGAAAUAGUAUAAAAACAUUUUCAUAAGUUGUUUAGCACUAUGUUUAAAAGAAAUUUUUAUAUCUUUUUUAUUAUAUUAUAAUUGCUAGUUACCCACAUAUAAAAGAUGUAUAUAAUAAAUACAUAUAAAUCGAAUGAUUUUAUUGCAAAUUUUACAAAGGUUUUGUAAUUUUAUUCCAUGUUAAUUAAGAUUUUAUUGUUAGAUUUAUCUUCAGUAAAAUAUUUCUUGCAUUAGCAAAAAUAUUAUACAACAAAAACCAUACUUAAAAUUAAAAUAAACAAUAUUAAAGUGCCAUUCAAUUACUCAAGUGUGUUGAAAUGUUAUUUUUAAGUGUUUCAAUGUAUAUUUAUGAAUCAUCUAAUCAAUACAUCACUUAAAUUCCC